AUGUCCUACCAGGCCUCACAGGGGCUGGGCUCGCUGGCCUCGCAGCUGGGUGCAGCCAAAUCCACCGGGAUUGACUCGACGGCCGGAUAUCGCACGACGCACAAGCAUGUCGCGAACCCUCCAGACACUCCAAACUUCCUCAACAACACCUUUGUGCGCUCUGCUGCGUCGCAAUGGAUCGAUCUUAAGGAUCCAGCGACAAACCAACAGGUCACCCGCGUACCAGAAAGCACCGACGAGGAAUUGCAGCAGGCUGUCGACUCUGCUGAACAGGCCUUCCCCGCUUGGAAGGCAACGAUCCUCUUGCAUAAACAAUAG